AAAAAAUCGGGCGCUCAGCGUCUACAAGCCCAAGCUUGUAAGCCCAACACACAACACACUUACCCUAAGCCAACUGCGAAAUGAACCUACGACGAGGAUGAAGGAGCUAGCAGCUGCGAAGACGGCGAAGUAAACCUGCGUCCUGCGAGGAAGACGUCAACCGCGCCGCCUACGUCGUCCGCCAGACCGCCGCUCCACCCAGCUGUGACCUGCCGCCCUGCAUCCGCCUCUGCGCUUCCCUCCGGGCUCCAGCCUCCAGCCGCUCCAGAGUUUUGAAGUUGUUCUCUUUGAGGUGAGGAUGCCGAUAGAUAAGAGUUGGAUAUAUAUAAAGAAUCGAUUAUCGGAAGAGUAUUGGAAGGGUCUACAAGGUUUUAUAGACUAUGCAAAAGACUUUGUGAAUGAAGAAGGAAAUAUAAGUUGUCCGUGUAAACGAUGUUUGAAUGGAAAAAUGCUUCCAUUGAAAGACGUUAAGCGACAUAUCUUUGAAUCUGGGUUUGAUGUGACAUAUUCACAUUGGGUUUUUCAUGGUUCAGAAACACAGAAAACAAAACGGAAAGGGAGAGGUUCAGCCAAGGGAAACAACAUUAUGUUAGCCGUAGCUAAAGAUGGAAGGAUCAAAGUUCAAUUUGAUUCGGCAAGGAAAACGUGGAAGGCUGUAGGGCCAAAAGCUUCUUGGUGGUCAAGCGCAAUAGGCAUACACACUCGGGACUGUUGUGAUCCGUUCUAGAAAAACUUGUCUUCUUUUCUUGUUGGGUUUAUUGAUUUAAAUUUAUUUAUUUCUAAUAGUGAUCAUGUUGGGUUUAUUGAUUUAAAUUUAUUUAUUUCUAAUAGUGAUCAUGUUUUACAUAUUGUAGGACUGGUUUGAGUGCGAUAAUGACAAGCUUUUUGAUGAAGUAUUGAUUCGAGAUGCUCGAGAGUCCUACAACGAUUGGAAAAGUGAUUUAUCUGUGUAUUUCAAGAACAAAGGAGGAAUGCAAGCUAAGAGACCUAUAAAUGUACGAAGUGAUGAGCAAUGGCAGAAGUGUUGCGAGAGAUUCAAUUCUACGAAGUUCAAGGAAAUUUCUUCGAAAAACCUACAAAAUAAAGAAGCAAGUGAUGAUAAAAGUGAGCAUCGGAGAAAAUCAUAUGCCCAAUACAUGCAUGAAAAAGAUGAUCCAGAAACUGGUGAGCAGUACUCAGCUCUUGAAAAUUGGAAAGAUCAAUGUUUGACUCGUAGUGGUGAAUGGAGAAUAAAAGAAGCACAUGAAAAAUAUACUCAAAUGAGCGAAGAGUACCAAACACAGCUAGGACAAACAGGGUCAUCGUCUUCAAUAAAUGAGAUUGAUAUUAUGCACCGGAACUUGAGAAGAUAUCGCGGACGCCAAAGCGGAGUGGGUCCUACCUUAUCAAAGGGUGCAUCUUGACGAGUGGAAGAUGGGGCUACUUCAACGUUCCAAGACCACCGGGAUGUUCAAAUAAGUGAAUUGAAGGCAAAUCAAGAGUUGAUGCAAGCAAAUCAGGAGUUGAUGCUUCGUGCCCUACAACAAUUUAUUCCAGGCUUUCAACUUCCUUCACGUAGCUCCGCAAAUGAUGUUCCUUCGACAUCAAGUGCUAACCAACCUGAUCGGAGUCUCGAUGAACAUGAUCAAGAUUGAUAACAUCGAGUUGAAUAUGCUUUUUACUUUGUUAAGAUGAACAUGAAUUUAUUUAUGUUUACAUUUUGUGAUGUUGUUUGUAAUGAUUUAAUGAAACCUCGUUGUAGGAUAACUCACUUUUACUAUGGAUAUUGAAUGAAUUUAUUUGUUGUUGACAUUGGUUGUGUUUGGAC